AUGAAGCCCUAUCAUACCAUGCUACGUCAGCUGCGAACACAGUCAGCUCGACCAAAGCAGUCCUUUUUGAAAGUAGCAUUUACUACCCAACCGACAAGGUGCUACAGCUUUUCGGCAGAAUCUGCUUUGCAUCCAACUAUUCCGAAAAUUGAUGUCUCAAAGCUAACGGUCGAAAAAAAUACGAAUCCUAACCCUCUUCCACCUCACAAUGAAUUGGUUUUCGGUCACGUUUUCACUGAUCACAUGCUCUCUAUCGAGUGGAACGAAGAGACAGGCUGGCUCUCGCCACGCAUAACUCCCUACCAAAAAUUACAGAUAGACCCUGCGGCCUGUGUACUUCACUACGCAUCGGAAUGUUUCGAAGGCAUGAAAGCCUAUCGAGAUAGUUCUAAUCGGAUCAGGCUCUUUCGACCUACCAUGAACAUGGCGCGGAUGAAUCGCUCGACUGCUCGAAUUGCCCUUCCGGCCUUCGAAUCGGCACAGAUGAUUGAAUUAAUUUCUAAACUGGUCAUGCUCGAGGCGCAUAAAAUCCCUGAUGCUAAAGGAUACUCUUUAUACCUUCGUCCAACCAUGAUUGGCACUCACAAAACUUUGGGGGUAGGAAAACCUAAAUCUGCCUUAUUUUAUGUAAUUGCUUGUCCCGUCGGUCCAUAUUACCCCACAGGCUUUAAGGCCAUUUCACUAGAAGCCACAAGCUAUGCUGUCCGUGCCUGGCCCGGUGGUGCAGGUAAUAGAAAGCUCGGUGCCAACUACGCUCCGUGUAUCGUGCCCCAAAUGGAGGCUGCCAAGCGUGGCUUCCAUCAAAACCUCUGGCUUUUUGGCGAAGACGAAUACAUCACCGAAGCAGGCACAAUGAACCUUUUUGUGGUAUUGAAAGAUAAAAAGACGGGUCAGAAGGAAAUCUGCACUGCGCCACUUGAUGGAACUAUACUCGAAGGAAUCACUCGUGACUCAAUACUCUCCCUCGCUCAUGAAAAGCUUGCUCCAAAUGGCUGGAAAGUCUCGGAACGAAAGGUUGCUAUGCGAGAACUCCACGAGGCUUCAAAGGAGGGGCGACUUCUUGAGGUAUUUGGCUCUGGAACAGCUGCGGUGGUAUGCCCAGUGCGGACUAUUGGCUGGAGAGAACAUAUUGUCGAUUGUGGUCUAAAACAGGAUCAGGAAGCUGGAAAGGUGGCCAGCAACAUGUUAAAAUGGAUUAAUUCCCGACAGUAUGGGGAGGAGGAGCAUGAGUGGAGCUACAUCAUUCCAGGUCAAUGA